AUGACUCCGGCUCUGUGUGCUGCAGUAAUAGGUAUCCUCGGUGCUGCAAAGGUGAAGGACACUGCAGCGAUGGCGCGUGGCCGAAGGCUAGAGCCUUUAGUGAUAAGGGAAGUAGAAAAGCAUCUGGGCGAAAAGAUCGCCAGCUCUAGCAUUGCAUUCUUAGCAGCGGUGAACAUCCUGCGUUCGCUGCUUCGCCAAACGAGGUACAUCGGCAGCAAUGAUUCUAGAAAGAUCAACGCGCAGAAACAUGUGGCACAGAUCCAGUUGUUGAUGCUGAAGGCGCAGUGCAAAAUGACAUACUUCUGUGUGGCUGAUCCGUCCUUCGAAACCAAUAGGCAGGUCACGAUCGUAAGUGUUGAUUACGACGAGAUGUAGGUACUGUCGAGGGCUAUUAGCGAGGGAUGAGGCGUUUUGGCGUGCGGCUGUGCACGUCGAACUGCGCCGCGCGCGCACGCAGUAAGUCCUCGGUAGCUGCCAGCUGGUUCCACGUCAAGGCCUUGACUGAAGUG